AUGAAUUGCUGAUGUGGCUUUUGGAUGAAGUAUACUAUGAGACAUCCGAGGAGCUUGUUGACGCAUAUGUUGAUUACAUCGUUGAAGCGGCAAAGAAACACCCCAACACGUUCCAGAAACUGUUAAGUGCAGACAGAUUUCAGCGAAUGCUAAUCAAUCUCGGUGUGUCUGCAAACGCGAUGGGUCAAGGUACCAAGGUGUACCCGGUGUUGCAGAAUGAUAUGAGAUGCAAGUCACCUGUUUCCCGCCGACCUGAAGGUACCCUGGGAUGUAAGGCAUUUUUGCGGCUUGUAAGCGCCUUUCCUUACCAACCGUCGGAAUCCGCUGCUUUUGUUCUCGUUCUUGACUCUGUCUUGAAAAUGGGGCUGGAUGCCUCAUACACAGAUGAGUUGUGGCAGCCAGCAGCAACGUCUUUGACGGGCUUGUAUGAUAUGGCACGGACGAACGACCAAAGAUGGAAGGAGAUGGUUCCAAGAAUUGAGGCUGUCGCAUCUUACAUCUCAGAUCAUAGUCUGUUUCAGUUUCGAGUCCUUCGACUGUUACCAGCAAGAUCUUAUGCCGAAAGAACACUACGAAAGCGGAUAGCAUUGCAAAUGUUUUUGCCUCGUCAGGCAGAAACAGAGAAAGUAAUGGCUCGCCCUGUAAGUGCAUGCUUAUCACACAUCAAGACAUCGCGGCCAUUUCACCCCUUGAACAGCGAAACAGACUAUAUCGAACUUGGUCUUCAGCUUCAGGUUCUGGAUAUCGCUAUCGAAUCUCCGGAGGAGCCUGAAGUUCCAGCUGCGAGACUCCUUGCCGAACAUCUGAAACUCAUGCAUGGCCGAAUCGUCGAUUCAAGAGCUGCUUUCAUCUCCCGUUCCGAGGCAAAGGACGUGUUGCAAAGGAUAUUUCUGCGGCUGACAUACAUGGUUGGUAAGCCAAACCGCGGUGUCACACAGGCAACUCUGGAUGUAGGAUGGACGGUGUAAAUCAUCGACAGCUACAUUUGCUAAGUUACACGAUCUCGACAGGAGGUUCUGUGAAUUACUGAUUUUUGAAUAAACGGAGCUU